UAUGCUUUAACAGUGAUGUUCAAAAAAAGAAAACAAAUGAAAUUCCUUAGAAUACUACUACCUUCUUUCUCUGAGAGAAAAAGAAUAUUUUUAACAAAUGAUCAAUUGGUUCAACAAAAAUAUAAUAAUAAAGAAAUCACCAAAAAAAUAAAAAUAAAAGAACAUAACAUAAAACAAAAUGUAAACUCCUCAAAGAGGAAAACGGAAAGGACAAAAACUAUUAUAGAAGUACAUAUGGAAGUACUUCAAAAAUUUAGAUUUAAAAAAAGAGAAUAUUUGGAAAUAUGCUUGGAGGAGUUCACAGAAGGCCAAACUAGAGACUAUCCUAAUUUAGAAAGUGACCAACUAUUAGCAGAAUGUACUAAAAACAGUAGAGGCACUAAAGAAUCCAUAACUCUAUGCAAUAAGUGGAUAAAAAGAUACAAAUAUCUUUCUGAAAAAUUGAAAAAAGAAGAUUGGUUUAACAGCUUGAAAAAUGAGUGGAAAAGAGAACGAGAAUACAUAAAAAGAAGUAAUGAAUUAAAUAAUAAUAUUCCAAAUGACACCCCAAAUAUUUCAUCAUUAGAAACAGAAAAAGAUAUAUGGAGACAAUGGAUAUCAAAGAAGGGUCGGAUUAUAGAGCAGUAUUUGGAAUAUGAAUGGUUUAGCGGAUUAACGGAAGAAUUACAGAAUACUUUAGAUGAAUAUGGAAAUGACAGAAAUAAAUAUAAUGUAUCACUAAUUGAUUUGGAAGAGUUGGAACAAAAAGGAUGUAGUGAAGAACUAUAUAAAUACGUAAAAAAAAAAUUACUAGAAAAACUGUGUAUACUUGUACUUAUGACAAUAUUAGAAGAAUGCAAAAAAGAGGAGAAUACAGAGAAUAGUGAAUCAUAUUUGGAUAAUUCCAUAAAUGAAUGCAAAUUAGGAAAAAAUAUUGAUGAAAAAUCAGGAAUUACAGAAAACAUAAAUAAAGAUAUAGGAAAUGUUUUGGAGUACAUGGAAAAUAAGGAAUCUUAUAGCAAUAAAGGAGAAGAACCUUUUAUACAGGAACUGAAUGAUUGGAUAAGAGAAGAAAAUACAUAUAUAUAUUUAUAA